AUGGCCUUCACCUGCAACGUCGUCAAGGCGCCCGUUGCGGCCACCAAGGUCGCCGGUGCUCGCCGUUCCGUCAAGGCGCGCGCCGCCGCGGCGAAGAACGAGGAGGGCUUCGCGAUGAUGCGCGACGGCGUGAAGGUCGCGGCCGACGAGACGCUCCUGACGCCGCGGUUCUACACCACGGACUUCGACGAGAUGGAGCAGCUCUUUUCUAAGGAGAUCAACCCCAACCUGGACCUCGAGGAGCUGAAGGCGUGCCUCGAGGAGUUCCGCAACGACUACAACCAGCGGCACUUCGUCCGCAACAACACGUUCAAGGCCGCCGCGGACAAGAUCGAGGGGGACACGCGCAAGAUCUUUGUCGAGUUCCUGGAGCGGUCGUGCACGGCCGAGUUCAGCGGGUUCCUGCUGUACAAGGAGCUGGGCCGCCGGCUGAAGACGACGGCGCCCGAGGUCGCGGAGAUCUUCACGCUCAUGUCGCGCGACGAGGCGCGCCACGCCGGCUUCAUCAACAAGGCCAUGUCGGACUUCAACCUCGCGCUCGACCUCGGCUUCCUGACGCGCAACCGCAAGUACACCUUCUUCAAGCCCAAGUUCAUCCUCUACGCGACGUACCUCUCGGAGAAGAUCGGGUACUGGCGCUACAUCUCGAUUUACCGCCACCUGCAGCGCAACCCCGACAACCAGCUGUACCCAAUGUUCGAGUACUUCGAGAACUGGUGCCAGGACGAGUCGCGGCACGGGGACUUCCUCGCGGCCAUGCUCAAGGCGCGCCCGGAGCUCCUCAACGACCUCAAGGCCAAGGCGUGGUGCAAGUUCUUCUGCCUGACGGUCUACAUCACCAUGUAUCUGAACGACCACCAGCGCUCGGCGUUCUACGAGUCCCUCGGCCUCAACACGACGGAGUUCAACCAGCACGUCAUCAUCGAGACGAACGAGACGACCAAGCGCAUCUUCCCGCUCGUGCCCGACGUCGAGGAUCCGCGCUUCUUCGCGGCGCUCGACCGCGCGGUCGAGCUCAACGCCAAGCUCACCGCGCUCGGCAAGGACGCGUCGCCGCUGCAGAAGCUCCCGCUCAUCGCCGGCAUCGGGAAGGAGUGCCUGUCGCUGAUGCUCAUGAAGGGGAUCGAGACCGGCUCGCUCGACAUCAACCUCGACGAGGCGCAGAUGGUGUACUAA